GUUUCACGUCACUCCGCGGCAGGGCCCUCACUCUUUACAAACGUUCGUGAUCUUGUGUGGCGUCUUUGUGUGGUUAGAGCGCUGAUAAUCUCAUCUGGGAGCUACUUUUAAGUCUUUUUCCUGUGGGUUGGAAAGCAGCCAGAGUCCAAACCAAGCCCAAUAACUGCUGAACACAGCUGUUUUUUGAAGAUUGAAAGAAAGCCCAACUCUUUUGAAAAAAUUACAAAGGAAUCGGAUAUCCCUGAAAAUCUCUCUUUCUCUCCCAGCAGCUUUGAGUAAAUCACCAUGGUUCAGGCUAAGUCGUGGACUCUGGCCAAGCAUUUUAAUGGCUUCCCAAAGGACAGCAACUUCCAUCUCAAGGUGGAGGAGCUGCCUGAACCCAAAGAUGGAGAGGUGCUUUUGGAAGCGGUUUUUCUCAGUGUGGAUCCAUACAUGAGGCCGUUCAGCAGGGUCCACAUGAAGGAAGGGGAUGUGAUGAUCGGAACUCAAGUGGCGAAGGUGAUCCAGAGUAAAAACCCAGCCUUUCAUGUGGGAAGCCACGUCGUGAGCCGCUGCGGUUGGAGGACCCACGCAGUCAGUGAUGGGAAGGACCUCACUCCCAUCAUGUCUGACUGGGCUCCAGAUGUUUCAUUGUCUCUGGCUUUGGGUACCAUCGGCAUGCCAGGACUGACUGCUCUGUAUGGAAUAGAGGAGGUUCUUGGACUGCAGAAGAAUGAGACUCUGCUGGUGAAUGCUGCAGCCGGAGCUGUGGGAACCGUGGUGGGACAGAUCGCCAAGAUCAAGGGCUGUAAAGUGGUGGGUUCAGCCGGGUCCGAUGCCAAAGUAGCUUACCUGAAGGAGCUGGGGUUUGAUGAGGCUUUCAACUACAAAACUGUUCCUUCCCUGGAGGAGGCUCUGAAGAAAGCUGCUCCUGAAGGAUAUGACUGCUUCUUUGAAAAUGUUGGAGGUCAUUUUUCAACUGUUGCCCUACCACAAAUGAAUAACUUUGGAAGAAUAGCUGUGUGUGGGAGUAUCUCCACAUACAACGACGGUACACCGCAGACAGGGCCUUACCCACACCUGACAAUGAUCUUCAAGCAGCUCAGGAUGGAGGGUUUCAUGCAGAACAGGUGGGAGCACAAACACCCCGAAAGCCUCAAGAGACUAAUGGCCUGGCUAAAAGAGGGGAAACUGAAGAGCAGGGAGCACAUCACAAAAGGAUUUGAAAACAUGCCAGCUGCAUUCAUGGGGCUGCUGCAGGGAGAAAACAUCGGCAAGGCCAUUGUUGCAGUCUGACCUCUUACCAACAAGAGGCGCUGUUGAAGAAUUUACACAUGACGACGACUGUCAGUAAUAAUGAAGUAGGAUCAUGUUAAAUUACUAGUGUAUAUUUCUUGGAACAUUUCUGUAAACCCAGAGCCAUAAAUGUAAUUUAGCUGUACGAUUUGAGCCGGGGACGUUUAGUUUAGUCAGUCAGAUCUUGUCAAAGCUUCAAAUCUGAGAUGAUGCAUAGAUGUUGGAGAAAGACCAUCCCUUGCCAGAAGUUCUUCACAAAACUAUUCAGCAAAAAAGGUUUAGGAGUUGAGCUGAGUCUGGUGCAACAAGAGCUUCAUUUCAGGAGGUGUGCUCUAAACAUAAGUAUGGAGGAUGCACUUUCUCGCAAUACCAACCUGAAGAUAUUACAACAUGAUGGGGCUACUGAUGCUGUUGCAGCUCAGAGAGACCCCACCCAUUCUUGUGGUUAUGUAACGUCUGCACAGCCUCACUACUCUAGUCUUUGUGCACUUCGCCUCACUCGACCUCAAUUGCAGGACAUGAGGUUUCCAAUUGAGAGGUGAUCUAGCUCCCUGCCCAGUGGGUGGCUUUGCUUUUAUUCUGUUUACUGCCCACUUGGCUUGCUAGUCAGCAGUAUAUAACAUAGCUAAUGUCUUUAAAGGUACACUUCAACCGAUGUUGCACAUCCAGAGACUGAAAAUGUUCCCUAUGCUUCUUUACAAAAUAGCUCAAGCAUGGUAAGAUUGGAUCGAUAUCAUCUGUGAACUUUCAUUUUCAUUUCUUGCCACAGAUUUGGAAUAAUUCUGUAAUCUGACUAGGCCAUUCUAGCAGAUGCAUACGCUUUAAUCUAAACUAUUACAGUAAUUCUGGUUGUACAUUUAGUUUCCUGUCUUGCUAGAAAGUGAACCUCCGUCCCAGUCUGACGUCUUUUAAAGCAUCUAUCAGGUAGACGUAUUCCCAGGAUUUCCCCGUAUUUGGCUCUAUCCAUCUUCCCGUCAGCUCUGACCAACCUCACUGUCCCUGCUAAAGAAUAGCGGCCCCACAGCAUUAAGCUGCCAUCACUUUAUACUACUUAAUGUUUGCCUAUCACAAAAAAACAUUAAAAUACAUUUAGGUUUUUGGUUGAAACCUGACAAAAUGUGAAAAUGUGCCUUGAAAAAGGUAUUCAUACUUUUUGUAAGGCACAGUAUCUUAAGGGUCUUACUCUACUCCAGAAAUUGACUUUUGUACAGUUAAUGUCUCCAAUGUUCCUUUAUAUUGGUCAUAUGGAAUACAAAGGAAAGGCCCGUUACAAUAAAUGACACGCCGAUUUUGUAUUGAUAAACACCUGAAGCAGAUUCCUAAGUAUCAUCAUCUUUAAGCUUUCACUAAGAAAGUUGAGCUUAGUUAACCUGUUAUACAGACUGUACCUAAAUCAGAAGUAUGCAAAUACUGUUGUUGAUUCGUCGCUUUAUUUGCAGUAUACUGUACCUGUGUAGAAUAUUUACUGUAAGCUUUUGUAUGAAAAAUAAAGGAUUCUUUCUGCA